AUUGCGCGCCCGAAUUCGAAUCCCACACCUCCUUUCCCGGCACCAAACCGUUCCGGCCCUGUGUCAAAACCUUUUCUGAUUCCUCUAGGUGCCGUUUCUGCCCUUUCGCAGUCGAGAAUCAUCCAUAUCCAGAACCGUGGUCCGAACUACGUCCAAACACAGCUGCCAACUCAUAUCCAGCGCAGGGCAAUUCUUGUCGCCCUUCUGCUCCGCUUGCUCACUCGUUGCAACCCUGCUCCCGCAUCCUUCCGCCGCCCUUCGAAUUCGAUUGCACCGAGUGCAUCACUGCACCACCUUCGAGGCCCGAUACUGUUGUCUUUUUUGUUUUUUUUUUGUUUUCAGCCUUCCAGCAGCGACACUAAUUCCCACGAGAAGCCAACUAUCUCUCAACCAUGGCCACCCCGCCCGUCCAGUCGAUCAAGUGCGUCGUCACAGGUGAUGGUGCCGUCGGCAAGACAUGUCUGCUCAUCUCCUACACAACAAAUGCUUUCCCCGGCGAAUACAUCCCCACGGUAUUCGACAACUACUCUGCGAGCGUAACUGUUGAUGGAAGGCCCAUCAGCUUGGGGUUGUGGGAUACGGCCGGUCAGGAAGAUUACGACAGACUGCGGCCUCUCUCAUACCCCCAGACCGAUGUUUUCCUCAUCUGCUUCUCCCUCGUCAGCCCUCCUUCGUUUGACAACGUGAAGGCCAAGUGGUGGCCUGAAAUCGGACAUCACGCUCCCAAUAUUCCCAUUGUGCUGGUUGGCACCAAGCUGGACGCCAGAGAUGACCCUAAUACGCUCAAGACAAUGGCCGAGAAGCGGUGGUCGCCUAUUACCUACCCCAUGGGAUUGGCCCUUGCCAAGGAGAUUGGAGCUUACAAGUACGCCGAAUGCUCUGCCUUGACACAGAUGGGUCUCAAGACCGUCUUUGACUAUGCCAUCAGAGCCGUCAUUGAGCCCAAGGCCGCUCCUCAGACGAAGAAGAAGUCGUCCAAGUGCACGCUCCUCUAAUAGCCUUUUUUUCUCGUCUUCAAUUCGGAAAAAAAAAGGCAAAAAGGAGGUGCUUCUUACUAAUCGCUACGACGAACGAUUGUUUUCCGUAAUGCAAACCAUACAAUCACACACACACCAUCUAUACCCGACGACAUAUGCCUGCGCCUGCUAUUUGGCUUCAACCUCCAUAGUGCAACCCCAAUAACACCUCCUUCAAACCUUUUCCGGGGUCGCUUCGCGUGUGGAUGAAGUAUGACGUGUAGUUCGGGGGUUACACCGUACCUUUAGUAUGGGAUACCCUGCAAGAUUUGAGGCUUGACUAGACGGAAGAAGGGAUGAAGGCAGUCAUGCAAGGUACGAAGAUACCUAGGCUGUUUGAAUCAACCCUUUUCUGGCUUUAUGGCCGCGAAUAUUGUAUUGGGGGUAUACAAGAGUGUCGAGUAAUCAGGCACAUGUCGCUCUCAACGAACUCUCACGUUUUUGUGUUUCCUCCACACGCUGGCGAUCCUACCCAACCGUCAAUAAUCUAGGGGUUGUUACUAGGGUUCUUUCUGUUGCUUCUCGUUUCUUUUUUAUUUAUUAUUUCCUGUAGAUAGCUGGGUUGGGGAGGGAGG